GCAGAGGACACAUUUCAAACUGCGCUGAUGGGACAGAAACAAAACAGAGAGCGUUUGCAGCAGCAGCACCUGCGCUCUGAGCCGUUGGACCGAACGUCGCUGCCAGCUCAGGGAUUCCUGUGCACAUUAGCGUCUGCGUGGCUUCAACAGUUUUGGUGAAAGUACACGAGCUGCUGGCCCGCCCUCCGUCCCUCUGACCCCCGUCCUAUUCUCUGCCUCUCUCCUGUUGUCCCAGCAUGGCUGCAGGAUGGCUGCGCUUUGGCCUCUCCCUCUGCUGCUCUCCCAGCGUCUCUGGGCCUGUUUGGCCCUGACCCUCCCGGAGGAGCCUCACGACGGGCCCCUGUCGGCGGGCUUCGACGCCGGCCGCGUCGGCCCAUCUGUGGAUCUGCCCGGUGCUCUGAGGGUGUUCAGCUUGGACUACCACCACGUGCAGGCUCCCUUUGAGAUUGUGCUGUGGAUAAUGCUGGCCUCACUGGCCAAGCUGGGUUUCCACUGGUCCGGUCGAGUCCCAGCUGUUGUCCCAGAAAGUUGCGUCCUCAUCAUGGUGGGCCUGCUUGUGGGAGGGGUGAUCUACGGGGUCCGCCACUCUGCUCCCCCUACUCUGAGUGCCGACGCGUUCUUCCUCUUCCUGCUCCCGCCCAUCGUUCUAGAUGCAGGUUACUUCCUGCCUGGGAGGCUGUUCUUUGAAAACCUUGGUACCAUCCUCUGGUAUGCGGUGCUGGGAACCCUAUGGAACGUGCUGGGCAUUGGCCUGUCUCUGUACGGCGUUUGCCUGCUGGUUCCAGACUCUCUGGGAGACAUCUCUCUACUCCACUGCCUGCUGUUUGGCUCGUUGAUCGCUGCCGUCGAUCCCGUGGCCGUGCUCUCCGUCUUCCAAGAGAUGCACGUCAAUGAACAGCUGCACAUCUUGGUGUUUGGAGAGUCGCUGCUCAACGACGCUGUCACAGUGGUGCUCUACAAGCUCUUUGAGUCCUUUCUGCGGCUGCCUUCGGUGACUGGAUUGGAUGUACUGGUGGGAGGUUUGAGGCUGAUAGUGGUGGGUUUGGGAGGCUUCUUUGUGGGACUGUUCUUUGGCUUGGUGGCAGCUCUCACCUCACGGUUCACCUCCAGAGCCCAGGUCAUCGCUCCCCUCUUUGUCUUCCUGUAUUCCUACCUGUCCUACCUGACUUCAGAAAUGCUUCACUUCUCAGGAAUCAUGGCCAUUGUGACCUGUGCUGUGACCAUGAAACAGUACGUGGAGGCUAACGUGUCAGAGCGCAGCAACACCAACAUCCAGUACUUCCUGAAGAUGUGGAGUAGCGUGAGUGAGACCUUGAUCUUUGUCUUCCUCGGUGUGUCCACCAUACAAGACAUACACAUGUGGAGCUGGCCCUUUGUCUGCUCCACCCUGCUGCUCUGCCUCGUCUGGAGGGCCACAGGCGUUCUCUUGCUCACCGCUGUGGUGAACAAGCUUCGGAGGAACGCCGUGACCUUUAGAGACCAGUUCAUCAUCGCCUACGGUGGCCUCAGAGGAGCAAUCUGCUUUUCUCUGGUCUUCCUCAUUGAUGACUUCCCAAAGAAGAGGCUCUUCAUCACAACCACCAUCGUGGUCAUUCUCUUUACCGUCUUUGUGCAGGGGAUGACCAUCAAGCCUCUGGUGGAGCUGCUGGACGUGAAGAGGAAGAAGAGAGCUCUGCCUACUGUCAGCGAGGAGAUCCACAGCAGGCUCUUAGACCAUCUGCUCUCAGGAAUAGAAGAUGUGGUUGGCUACUGGGGGCAACAUUACUGGAGAGACUGGUUUGAGCAGUUCAACAAGAGGUACCUUCGACGUUUCCUUAUCGGCGAGCAUCACCAGGCUCGCUCCAGCAUCCUGAGAGUCUACCAGGAGCUGGAGAGGAGGGAGCAGCAGGGGGGCGAGGAGGCACCGCCGCCAGUGGACCUGCGCCCUGGCGGCCGUCCCCUCUUGCCGGAGGAAAUGGACAGCAUCAGGCGUAUUCUGUCCAGAAACCUGCAAAACUUUAACAAGAAGCAGACUCCAGCCUACAGUAGACACACCUUGCACCAAGAUGGCUCAGCGAAGACGGCCCUGCACAGACAUCAGAGCCUUCCAGAGAGACACCCCUGUAGCAGAAGCACACUCUGCCCACAGCGAGCGCAAGGAGAGUUCUCCAAGUCUUACAGAGGGAGAGCACGACUCAGCAGAUCUCACACAGUGUGCUCAGCAAGCCCGAGACGGUCCGACCCCCCCGACUCUGUAGGCCCGGCUGCUCUGAAUCCGACUCAGCCAUCGGAUCCCGAACCUGCUGCGGAGGAGCAGCAAUCUCCGCUGCACAGGGCGCCGGUAGAGAGAGCAACAAAGAAACAACUCAGCUUUGUUCUGGAAAGGGAGACGCGUCAAUAAAGGGAGAGAGUGGCUGCGUUUCCAUCACAAACAUACGCAGAACUUGGCCGUUGUCCGAAAACAAAACCAAAAAACACACGUUAAAUGAGAAUGUGCUUCCAUUAAAUAAGAAAGCCAAUGAAAAUCGCAGGUGAAUGCGUUUGUUCACGCAAUAAGUGGUUAAAAAGCAUGCCUCCACAUGAUCCCCCAACCACUUCCUGUCGCCUUCUCCUUCGUCUUUUCCACUAGUUGUAACGUCCGGUUGUUGCUCAUGAUUCCUGAGAUGCAAAAAUAAUGUUCCCAUUGCUGUUUUGCGAAAUACGCUAUUUUCAAUACACAUGAAAACCUACCAACUUUUUUAUUGAAAAAUGAUCUCCCCUCCCCCCAAAUUGGCAGGUUUCCAAUAAGCACAUUUAUGUUUGAAAUGUCCAAUUGCAAAAUGAUGUGGUCGAUGGAAACGCAGCCACUGAGGAAGAAGAAGGAGCGUUAAUAAAGAAUCGGUCGUAGCGGUAGCUGCUACGUCAAGCUGCUGUGAACAGUUUAUGGACACAUUCCACACAAAGCUCUUGAAAUGAAAGAAAUGGUUGUAUCUUCUUGAGUGUCGUAAGCAAACAAUAAAGCUCUACUCAUACUUGACGGCAUCAGGUGGAGCUUUCAGGCUCAUUCCCACCUUCAGUCUCAUGUAUUUCCAACGCCUCUUCGUCAUAAACACUAUUUCUCUGUCCACAUUCCCCUCGCCCAC